AUGAAUACCGCCACUAAGUUUAAGCUUCCACGAUGUUCUUUAUUGACAAUGGACGCUUAUGAUACUUUGUACACGCCUCGAGAGCCAAUUGCAGUAGCUUACAAUCGUAUCGCAGGCGCAAUCAGCUCUGACGCAGUUAUGGAGACGGGGGAAUUUAAGCGACGGUUCAAAAGCGCAUUCCAGAGCGUGUGGCAGAAAUAUCCAAACUAUGGCAAAGCAGCACAUAUGCCGAUAGACACUUUCUGGCGUUACGUUUUGGUUACGCUUUAUGGUGGCAACUACGAGUUUAUCGAUGACAUAAUCAAGCAUUUUGAGACACGAGAGGCCUACAAAGUAUUUGACGAUGUCCAGCCUUUUCUGAACUCAAUCAAGAAUUCAAAAGUUCAAACAUGUAUCGCCUCUAAUGCAGAGCGAAGAAUUGUGCGACUUAUAAUCGACGAAUUUGGGCUCGGCAACUUUUUCAAACCGCAAGAUAUCUUUCUUAGCUACGAUCUAGAGACAUACAAGCCUGACAGCAGAUUUUUUAAACUAAUAUUGGAACACGUACAAAGAAGAAAUCCAGUAAGUCUUGACGAAGCGUGGCAUGUCGGCGAAGACAUGGAGAACGAUGUAAAUUGUGCACUUGACGCCGUUUUUUGUUGUUUCUUCCCUUUUGGAUAUUAG